AUGCUCGGUCACCAGACUAAAGUGUCAACUCUUCGAGGCAUGAAGAGGAAAGCUCAACCAUCACCACGACAAGAUUCUCUGUCUGGGGAACCUGGCCCUAUAUUGGGCAAUCUUAAUCUGGACCGUUCUGAUUUCUCUACUAUGGGUUUGCAGAGGGAUGGGUCAACACCUUGCAGUUCAAUUUCUGACAAUGUGCUCAUAGCACAUGAGGUGCUAGAGUUUUUAAGGAAGGCGAAGAAGGGGAAGACCUAUCUGGCUGCCUUAAAGCUCGAUAUCAGCAAAGCUUAUGAUAGGUUUGACAUGCAGUUGGUUCUUGGUGCACCUCAAGUGCCAUGUUACUUUAGUUUUGGUGAUUCUAUAGCUGAUAAUGGCAAUAACAAUAACCUCCCAACAAUAGCAAAGGCAAAUUAUCCACCUUAUGGGAUUGAUUUUCCUGACGGCUCAACAGGAAGAUACACCAACGGUCGAAACAUUCCUGACUUUAUUGCUCAGCUCCUCGGAUUUGAUAAUUUUAUCCCCCCAUACGCAACUGCAAGAGGACAGGACAUUAUCAAAGGUGUAAAUUAUGGUUCUGGUGGAGCUGGAAUUCGCGAUGAGACAAGUUUUCAGCUGGAACCCAAGAUAGAGAACGAAGGAAAUCUGAAGAUGUCAUGCUCAAGCAGUGCUGGUGGAAGUACUGAAGAUCUAAGGUACCAAUACCUAUUUUGUUCAUGUGGGAGAAAAGCAGUGGGUAAUUUGGACAUUUUGCCCACGAAUCGUUACGGUGGGUGUUUUCCGUCUAUUUGCCAGUUCAACCCAAACCACAGGGGGUUUAUGUAUAGCUUUUUGAACGAUGGGGGGUUAUGUGGUUUUUGCGAAAACCACAAGGGGCUAAAAUGUAAUUUGCCCGCAGUUCAAAUACUUAAUGACAGACUUAAACCACUUGUAGAUGACCUUAAUUCACAAUUAGUGGGCGCAAAGUUCAUCUAUUUAAAAACUAGCAGCAUUCAGUCAGGAGAUCCAACAAGUCUUGGCAUACAAUUUUUCACUGAACCCUGCUGCCAAGUUGAUUCAUCAACUGGACUCUGCAUUCUUGGAAGUACUCCGUGCAGCAAUAGGACCCAGUACGCGUUUUAUGAUGCCAUACAUCCUACCGAGACUGUGUAUCAAGCUUACUCGAUCAGAGCCGUUGAUUCAGUUCUGCCCUCGGAUGCUUAUCCAAUGGACAUUCGCCACCUUGCUCAACUAUGAUGAAGUUUUCAAGUAAUCUGAUGUAACUCAUGUCAUAUCUCGUUUCAAACUUAUU